AUGUCGCCCCACGCUGAAUCCGGUGACGUCCUGGCAUCAUCCGUUUCAAACCUAACAGGCGGCCGCCUGCCCUCACCCUCCAUCCGCUUCAAAUCCACCACCCAACUCUUCCUCGCCCGAAAGUUCCCGCAAGCCCUCCAAAAGGCACAAACCCUUCUCGACUCAUCCGAGAGCGCAUGGAAACUGAAAGCCUGGGGGUUAUGGAUCGCGAUUCUGAAUGCGGGAGCGGACAUGAAUGAGGAUGCGGGAGUGGAGAUGUGGGGGAAGGCGGAGUGGGAGAGGGUUAAGAGAUUGGUUAGGGAGGAUGGCGUUUGGGAGGAAGCUUGUCAAGUGUUCGAAUGUGAGGAGAUUGAGCUCAGCGUCGAUGUGGUCGCGACCUUGACCCUCUCCUCCAUCCGCCACGCCUCCAACCUCCAACCCCUCCAAACCCGGCUGGAACACCUCAUUGCCUCCGCCCCGUCCUCCGCCGAGCUGACCGAACAAGUCCGAACCGAACACACCAAACUUCUCGAACUCUACACCCUACACCUUCUUCCGAAACUUGGGGAAUGGGAGUAUGCGAAGGAGUUUGUGGAGGGGAAUACUGUAUUGGUGGAUGCUGAGAAAGACAUGUGGACGAGCACGCUAGAGUCGCUACAAGAAGGUGAGCGGGAACGCGCAGAGGCAGCGGAACGGGAGGCGAGGGAGGAGGCAGAGGAAGCUGCGGAGGCGUCGAAAGCCACGAAGUCAUCGUCUUCGUCGCCGAGUUCGAAGAGCAGGAAGAAGUCCACCUCCCGAAAACCCGUAGUCGCCGAAAUGAACGGCUCCACCACGCCCACAAAAGACCCUUCUUCCAACGCCGAAGACCCAAUCGCACCCCCCUACGCAGCCAGCGCCGCUGCCCUCCCAUCUUCCUCAAGUCUCUCGCGCUUCACGAAAUUCUCUUCCUUCCUCUUCUCUGUCACCUCCAAAUACCGCAGCAUUUUGCGGUUAUUGUUUAUGGUUAUUGCGAUCGUGGAGGUUGUGAGACGGGAGAGGGUUAGGGAACGAGUGAAGAGGGGGUGGGGAGUUGUUUGGGAGAAGGUUUGGCAGACUGUUGGGAUGGCGAGCAAAUUAACGUACUAA